UCAGCCUUUCGGACCUGCUCUUCCCCUCCUUUUAUCUAUUCGAUUCCCCCUCCCUCCCUACUACUACUUCCCUGCUACUACUUCCCUGUACUCACAUACUCCCCUCCCAUCUCAGGCACACCCUGCACUUUAAAAAGUCCGGGUCGCACCGUUGGUGGUGGCAGUGCAAACCUUCUCGCCCAACCAUCGUCUGAGUUCGCCCCUAGAUCUUCCCGAAAGUGCUCGAUUAGUGCUUUCAUCAGAUCCGGAUCGGUAGCAACGGUCCCUGGAUCUUGCAGCACGGCCGCUCGGUUAGCCGUCUUAUUAAAGCCCCUGCCCACUAGCCCAACUCUCUCAGCAGCCUCCUACCUACUUCGAUGGACGCUUCCUCUCGCGUGCCUGCUCCACCCCCGCUCGACAUUGGGCCCGUCAGGGCUGCUACCAACCCUGUCAAAGGGACGCCCAAGUCCCCAGAGAGCGCGAAAUCCGGCACCUUCUCAGGCGGCGACUGCUACGCCUCGCCCACGUCCAUCUCUACUUCUUCACCCUUGCUGUGGGGACGGAAGGACAGCAGCAGUCCCGGCGCCCAAGCAGCGAAGAGACCACCUCUCGUUCCGCCUAGGAAGGUGAACGCCCACAGCUACUGUGGCCGGCACUCGGAUGAGUUCUUGUUUGGUGGCAAGGGGCUGGGAGAUCUUUGGCGGGCUGUUACGAAGAAGUAAACGUGCGCGGGGCGGCGAAGCCAUGUGGGAUCAGAUCGGUUUUCCGGUUUGGAGCUUGUUUACGUACUCCCGUGGCACUGCAGGGCAGUGACUGGAGAUGUCACACCGGGAACGGGUGAAGGGAGUAAGGCAUAUAAUGGAUGGAACGGAGUUUCGGGAAGUCACAGGACUUGGGUCGACAAAGAUUGAUAUCCCAUGGGUUAGGAUCCUGACCGUCCUGACAUUUGAUGUAGAUGACGAAUUGUCGCGCUUGCACUUGCCGCUUAGGUAGUAGUACCUAGCUUACCGCCUCAGGACCCAAUGGCCUGAGUCCUUCUGUCGAUUGUAAGCCGCCUGCUACACAGAUCCAACUCAGAAUCCACGGCGCCGGGCAGGGCACAUGGAAUUUCUAAGGUUGAGGGAGAGCUCGUGGACAGCCUCCCGUCAUCAUCCUUGGAAAGAAACCUAGCCUGAGCUAGAGGUAAGGUAG